UAUAUUAUAUAUUUUCUAUGAUUAAGAAUCGAAAAUUCUCCCCUACUUCUUUAUUUUAACAAGUUCAAAUUGGAGCAUAAAUAUUUUUUGGCUACUAAUUUUUAGUUCUUCAUAAUGUCUUUAAUUACUAGAAAUUUACCUAGAUUAUUCAUACAGACCUCCCAAAUAACUGCUACUAGAAAUAUACACAACAAUUUAAUUGCUAAUCAUCCAAAAAUUACCGAAACUGAUGGAAGUAAAAUAAAAUGCACUUUGAUACCCGGGGAUGGGGUUGGGCCUGAAUUGAUGGCUUCUGUUGAUAAACUCUUUAAAGCAGCUGGAGUCCCCAUAGUCUUUGAAUCGUACUUCUUCUCAGAGGUUAAUCCUACUUUGAGUAUGGAUCUGGAUGUUGUUGCUUCUUCAAUUGAGAGAAACAGGGUAUGCCUAAAAGGGAUAUUGGCAUCUCCUGAUUUUGGUCAUAUUGGAGAACUUCAGACUCUUAAUAUGAAACUAAGAAAUGCCCUGGAUUUAUAUGCAAACGUUGUGCAUAUUAAAUCACUACCAGGUGUUAAGACCCGCUAUGAUAAUAUAGAUUGCGUUAUAAUUCGAGAACAAACAGAAGGAGAAUAUUCGGCACUUGAACAUGAGAGUGCUAGAGGUGUAGUAGAAUGUCUCAAGAUUGUAACUGCUACUAAGUCUCAAAGAAUUGCAAAAUUCGCUUUUGACUAUGCUGUCAAAAACAAUAGAAAGAAGGUUACCGCUGUCCAUAAGGCCAACAUUAUGAAGUUAGGAGAUGGUCUAUUCCUUAGAAGUUGUGAAGAAAUCGCAAAACUUUAUCCAACCAUUGAGUUCGAAAAGAUGAUAGUAGAUAAUUGCACUAUGCAGAUAGUAUCAAGACCAAGUCAAUUUGAUGUUUUGGUGACGCCAAAUCUUUAUGGCAAUAUUAUAGAUAAUACCGCAUCUGGCAUGGUUGGUGGAGCAGGUGUUGUCGCUGGUGCUUCCUAUUCUUCAAAAUGUGUUGUUUUUGAACCUGGAGCGCGUCAUACAUUUUCCGAAGCUGUUGGUAAAAAUGUCGCUAAUCCAACAGCCAUGUUGUUGUGUGCUGCUAAACUCCUGAAUCAUGUCAAUUUACCAAGUUAUGGACAAAUGAUCAGAGAUGCUAUUAACAAAGUUUUGAUGGAUGGUAAAAUCCGUACUAAAGAUCUUGGAGGUCAAGCUAGUACUCAAGAGUUUACUUUUGCAGUUAUAAAUAAUUUGAAAAUUCCAACAACAUCACAUCUAUGAGACUUGAAAUUUUAAUUUUAUCAAUUUGACUACAUAAUAUUUCAGUUUUGGAAUUGAAUAACAUUAACCAGAAUUGAUUUUAAUCAGUAUAAGAGUGAUUCUCAUUUAUUUAUUUUAAUUUGUAAGAAGUAUUACAAUGUACAAUAAAUUGUCCAAUUUUAUAAUAGAA